CACAAAAACAAGAAGCAGAAUGUUUUGUACGUGCCAGAAAAGAAGUGAGAUUGCGUGUUGGUGCUAAAAUACCCCCGAUGCGAGAGGAGAGGAAGUGCAAGAAGUUGAAAUAUUUUCCAUUUGCGAUCGAAAAAGAUUUCCUUUGAACGAUUGAAAUCGCGUCGUGCGUUUUCAACGGGGUGGAACUAGUUUAUUCUUCAGGUGAAAUUUCUGGCAUCAGCAAGCAACCAGAAUGGUGCCAGUCCCACCUUGAAAAAGUGGAUUAGUCCCCAAAUAAAAAAAGAGAAGGCAGCCAAACACUCCACAACCGGAAUUCACCCCUGCCUGGAAAAGCGUUGUUGGCCCGAAUGGGAGAAAUGAUUAACAUGUUGCCCUUCUUCGAGGAAUCGGACGAGUUUACCAGCACCUGGACGUUCGGAAUUUUGGCCCUAAUCGUGGUGUACUUUGCCUGGCGCUCGACGUACGUCCGCGAAGACCGUCCCAACUCGCAGGGCGCGGUCCUAGUCAUCGAGGACAACCUGCGGCGACGGAUCCAGCAGCCGGUCAACAUUCACAUCUUACGCAGCUCAUCACAACAGUCCAACAUUUCGAACGUGACGGAGACGGAGGAGCUGGACCUGGAGAACGACAGCAUUGCGUCGUCCAUCGACAACAUCACGCAGUCGAUCCUCACGGAAGCGUCCGAAUCGGCCACCGGGCUGGACAUUAGCGACUCGGAAACGACUUACCCGAGCACGUCUUCGGUAACGGCGGUCGCCGGCAGCGUCGGACGCAGGUCACUGGACGAGGUUGAUCGCGGCCCGGAGGAAAUUAUCCGCCAGAUGGAUCAAGACAUGGACCAGCAGCAGAGCGGUCCGGGACCGUCAGCCGGAGACGGAGUGCGUCAGCGGGUUAAACCGGCCAGUGAUGCGGCAACGGCGGGCGCCAAUCAAACGGGCAGUGACGUCGGCAAGCCGAAAGAGACGCCACAGUCCAAGCAGAUUCGGAUAAAGCUCAAGUACUUGAACGACGACUCCAAGCUGGUCGAGGGCAACCUGAACGAGGGCGUUGGAGAGUUUAAAAAACGCAACUUCACCCUCGAGAUAGCGGAAAAGCUCGUUCGUUUGGUGUUCAACGGUCACGUGCUUCAGCCGGACGACAAAACGUUGGCGGCUUGCGGCCUCUUCGACAACUGUGUCGUUCACUGUCUGAUUCACACGCCCAAGCCGGCUGGCCCUGCCGGUGACGGAGCGGGAUCGCUCGACGGGACUCCGUCGGAAGCCGGAGGUGGUGGCGGCGGCUACGGAGGAAACAUGGCCCAGGGACUGGAUGGCGGAGGAGCUGGAGUUCGUGAGAAUGGAACCCGCUACGGCACCUACUUCAUCUACAUCGGAACGUUCAUCCUGUCGGCGACCAUCACGUACUGCUGGUACUGCCGGUUUCAUUACGGUCAUCUGUUCAACCUCAACUCCACGAUUGGACUCAUCGUCACGACGACCAUUUUUCUGAUCAUGAUGCCCACCAUCAUCCUCACCGACAGCAACAGUGCAAACUAGGUUCGGUUGGCUUGUCUGCUUGAAAGAUUAUUCCAGUGGUAGGAAAAUUUAAUUAUUCUCUUAAAAGUAUCCCCACGCUUUGCGCUGAUGCUGCGCGUAGAUGUAGUGAGAGUGCGAAAACAAGCUCUUUCGCAAAAACACUGGUAAAAUUGUACAUAAAUUCCCGACGUGAUGUUUUGUAAAAACCCAAUUUAAACUAUUUGAUGCAUUAAAUAUUAUAUCGAAGAGAAACAUGGAAUGCUCCCCUCUGUUAUGGCUAAA